AACACCGCUGGAGAGGAUUAUCAUCAUCUGACUUUUAAAUGUGUGACUUCAGAGCAUCAGUCAUGAGCAAAUAAAACAUUAUUCAGCGCAUCUGAAGUGAAUCUGAACGCGAAAUAGACCUCAGAAAUAAUGAAGAUAUUCCCAUUGCUGCUGUCGCUCCUCGCGCUCACAGGUUUUGGCGGAGCUUCAGAGUUGGCAUUCAUCAAAGAACCCAGUGAUGUCAUUGCCGUGAGGGACCGCCCCCUCAUGCUGGACUGUCAGGUGGAGGGGGAGGGGCCAAUCAUGAUUACCUGGCGACGGAACGGCGUUCCCAUACCUCUCGGAGUGCGAGCGGCCGUGCUGGAUAACGGGACGCUCCUGAUCCUAAACUUCCAGAAACGGCGUGACGGUGACGAGAGUGGCGCGGGCGAGUACGAGUGUGCGGCGCAGAACCGAUACGGGCUGAUCAUUAGUCGCAAAGCACACGUGCAGCUUGCAUCACUACCGAAGUUCCACAUGCACCCAGAGUCCAUGAGUGUGGAUGAAGGUGGCGUCGCCCGUUUUUACUGCGCGGUCAGCGGCGUACCGGAGGCCAACAUCACCUGGGAGCGAAACAGAACCACACUCAAUGCCGAUGAUAACAGGUACACACUCCUGCCCAACGGCAUUCUGCACAUCACUGGAGUGCGUCGAGCUGACAGCGGCACGUACAGAUGUGUCGCUAAAAACAUCGCAAACACUCGCUACAGUCAUGAGGCACAACUGUCAGUCACAGUUGCAGCUAAUCGUCUGUAUAAGGAGCCGGUGAUUCUCUCUGGUCCUCAGAAUCUCACUGUAAACGUUCACCAGACGGCCAUCCUCGAGUGCAUCGCCACCGGCAACCCACGACCCAUCGUCUCCUGGAGCAGACUGGACGGCCGCUCUAUCGGUGUGGAGGGCAUUCAGGUGUUGGGUUCAGGUAAUCUCAUCAUCUCAGAUGUGUCUGUGCAGCACUCUGGUGUGUAUGUCUGCUCCGCUAACAGACCCGGAACCAGAAUGAGAAGAACCGCACUGGGCCGACUGGUGGUGCAAGCUCCUCCAGAGUUCCUGCAGUGGCCGCAGUCGGUGUCUAAACCUGCGGGCAGCAGUGCCGUCUUCACCUGUCAGGCUCAAGGUGUUCCUGAUCCUCACCUCAUCUGGCUGAAGAACGGCAAGAUCCUCACACCUGGAGACAACGUCAAACUCAGCAACAACAACAGUACGCUGGCUGUGACGCGCAUCACCGCUGAAGAUGAGGCCAUUUAUCAGUGUAUCGCAGAGAACAGCGCGGGAACUAACCAGGCCAGCGCCAGACUCGCCGUUUCUCAAUCCACCGAACUCCCAGAAGCCCCUCAGGUCCUGACGGUCACACCGCUCUCAACCACCUCACUGCAGAUCCGCUGGAAGCAGCCGGAACCACACGUCACUGACCGCAUCAUCGGAUACGUGCUGCACAUCCGCAAACUGGGCGAGCCAGACAACAGUGAGCUCCAGGAAGCGGUCAGUAAGGACACAUUUCAGCAUGAGUUCAGUAAUCUGGAGCCAGCGACCACCUUCUCCAUUUAUGUGAAAGCGUACUCACCGCUGGGCGCCAGCCAGCAGUCCAACACUGUCAUUGCCACAACACUAGGGGGCGUUCCCAGUAUGCCCAGUUUCUUCACUAAGGUUCUGAACAGUACAGCGAUGCAGGUGUUUUGGGAGUUGCCCAGUAAACCGGGUCGAGUGGAGGGAUUUAAACUCUCUCAUCGAAUGCUGCCACAACAGGAGUUUGGAACUGAAGAGAGAUUCCCCGGCCACAUCAACACACACACCAUCUCUAACCUGGAAUCUGCAGGAGUGUAUGAGAUUCAGCUCGCUGCCUUUAAUGGAAACGGUGACAGCAUCAGCAACAAACGGCUCGUGUCAUUGGCUGAGACAGGGAAGAGUGUGAAAGAUACUGCAGCAGGGCAGAGUGCGUGUAAUUGUCGUCAGGAUGCUGAUGGCUCAAUGACUGGCAUCGUGGUUGGCAUUCACAUUGGCAUGGCCUGCAUCAUAUUCUGCGCUCUGUUCCUGAUGCUUGGAUACCGGCACAAUUUCUUCUGUAAUAAGGGCACUAAAGGUGACUGGAGUUUGUCAGGAGGAAGCGGCUCACAGAGAGACUCGACAGCUAAAGAGGCCAGCAACCACACUGCUGCUAUAGAGCUAACGUCACAGGGUGGCACAGCAGAGACAGUUGCAGGUCAAUGUGAGGUCAUGAUUGAACCUCUCCACCCAUCGGGCACCAACACGGGCACCAGUACUGGCACAGGGUGAACACACCUCUACCACAAACCCCCCACACCCUCCCCUAUCCUCUCGGCUGCACUGUUUCCUCCUUUUCCCCACCAAAGCCUUACAUGAUGUGAAUUCCCACACACACACACACACACACACACACACACACACACACUUCUUCAGUGCCUCAGAUGUGUGAAUAAUGAAUGCAAGAGUAUUUCUCACACAGGCUCUCUUACAAACCCUAGUGAGCCACCUCACUGUCUACUGUCUACAUAGGCAGCAUCCUAUUUGAAACGGAACCGCUUAAGUGACUGAUGUUGAGCACCCUAUAUAGGCAACAUCUCUGUGUGCCACAUGAAAUCACAGUUGACUCCAAUAGAGCUGGACAUAAACGCAGUGCUCAGAUAACAUGAUAUAUUUCAAAUAAUUAUACAUUUGUGUAUAUUUAUAAUCAACAGGUCUCUCAAAACGUUGUCUUGUUGGAACGUGUUGGGAUGCUGCAUGCCUUAAAAUGCUGUCUAGGUAGGCAGCUCACUAGGUUUUGGAACUUAGCCACUUGUCUUUAAAACCAAACCACAUUAGAGCUGCCCGUUUUAUUUUCUCAGAUCAGGUAUCUGUUAGCCAUUCUGUAUGAAAGAGGACACAUUUUUACAGUUUCCAAACAAACCGCACAUCCACACCAACGUUUGUCCUAGUGUGUGUCUAGCAGAACUAAAACACACGACUGUAAACAUACCAAAAAUUCUGAGUUUGAUCUGUUUAUUAUUAGAUGUGUCUGUGUGCAUUGUGAUUGGAUGUUUAUAAUUCACUGCAUGAGCCUGAGUGCAGCCACAGGCCCCACCCCUUUCCCCUUAAACUCCUCCCACCAAAACACUGGACAUCCAAAGACCCUGUGCCUCAACUUGACCUCUCGAUAUGACCUUUUGCCUACUGCUGGUCAAGUGUUUCUACCUCAACCAGACGCUCUGAGAUGUGCCCACCCCUGUGCCAGCGUUCAGACGGGUUCCUCAGUCGGAUCUGAACUGAUGCCCUCAGAACUGCUGGUACAAGAGCAGCGUGUUCUAGAAGAUCUUCAGCCUCUGCUGGACCUGCUGUUUCAUCUGAAAGUGUUUCCUCAACGUUGCUCCUCACGUUCUGUCUCGAUCCGCCUCACAUGUUCUGUGACAAGAACCUCCUGCGAAAGUUGAGGGACGUCCAAAGAUCCAACGGUUCUCUUGUGACACUAGAAGAUCAGCUGACCAUUAACCAAAGCGUAACGCUCAGAACUCAGAUUAGCUCAAGCUUUUCAAAGCACUCUUGAUGAUUACCUCACAGAUUCUAUUCUACUAAUGACGACUAGCAUAUAUUGCAUAUAUUUUCAUAUGUUAAUAGCAGAAAAUAAUGACUGCUUCUUUCUAAUUAAUGUUGCUGAAGCUGAAAUUGCCAAAUUGCAGUUAGUGAUUGUGUUGAAAUGACCAAAUACCUUGUAUGUGUUUAACGGUGCCGGUUCUCCUUUCUUCAAAGCACACGAACAAGCCUGAUGUUUAUUAUUCUUGUGUGUUUGAGUGUGUGUUUUGAUGGUGAAAUAUUGCAGAUCGGUUUAAUGGUUAAAUAGUUUAUUACACAAAUGUGAUCUGCGCUUCACUGUUGGAACGAGUGACCAAAAUAACGUUCUAGAUUCACAGAAAAAAGUCUUAGGACUCUGACUCUUGUUGUACUGAGAAACCAAAAUGAAACCAAAAUAUAAAACCUUUUAAGAAACAACAAGAUUAGAAACUGAGGCCAAAAUGUUAGAGAAAAAUCGGGAAAAAAGUCGAUUGAUUUUUAUUUUCCCUCUGAUGAAAGUUAUUUUUCUGCUACAUUUGGGAAAUAUUGCCAAAAUAGACACAAGUUUGUUUUUCUUGAUGUUAUUCUUAUUCAUGUUAUUACUGUCCUUUUGAUUCCAUUUCUUUAACUUUUAACUGCUACUGUUUUUAUUUCAUUUCUUCUGUCUGUAGAAUUGAAAACAAUGUUGAAAAUGUUAGAAAUUUGAGCUUUUGAAAGCAAAUAGUGUAUUGAUCGCUAAAGGUUUGACUGUUGAGUAAAGUCGUGAUAUUAUAACAUUCCUGAACCAGAUUUCCGGAACAAUAAUGAACUUGAUUACUCAUAACAGGGGUGUUCAAGCCAUGAUUUUAGAAAAGGCCUUGGGUUAAACUUUAACCUCAGAAUUACAACAUGCAAUACCUCAGUGUUUAUUUCUGCUUGCGAUCACUGUUUGCUGCUUUAUAACUAAUAUACUGUUAUAUUCUGGUUUGUAUGAACGUUUCAUAUGUGACAGAUUGCUCAACAUGUCUAUUGUUUAGAAGAGAUUGUCAGACUAGUGUAGUAGAUGCCGAUUUAAACGCUUGUACCAAUGAGAAAAGUGAUGCUUUAACUUUUGGAUUUUUCUUUUCUCUUAAACCGUUUCUCAGAACCAAACGCUCCUGUAGCUUUACUCUGCUGUUACUCUGGUAAAGAGAUUCAGCUGAUGAAAAUAUCUCUACAACAACCUCACGUCAUCAUCAUCAUCAUCAUCAUCAUAAAUAUAGUGUUAAAUAAAAUUAAAUGAUAGAAGCAUCAGAAUUGGCUUUGCUUUAGUUUACUUGUACUGAAUGAGAUCUGCGUCUGCUGGUUGUUUGUGAUGGGUUUUUUUUCUCAGCUGAAAUCUUGUUUUUCUUCCUUCAGUUGUUUGUAAUGAACGU